GUCGUGUAUAUAUAUUCAAAGCCUGGAUGGUCUGUCUUAUCAAUUGGAGAGGAAACAAUGUUGAGAAGACAUCGCUCGAGUGUGGAAUUCUUACCCCACGAUGUGGUAGAGCUCAUCCUCGAGGGACUUCCAGUGGCGUCGCUGCUACGAUUCAAGACUGUAUCCAAGAAGUGGAAAUCGACAAUCGAGUCCCGACGUUUCCAAGAAGGACAGUUGAUCCGUCGCAGGCAAUCACGAGGUCCAGAUGUUAUUUGCGUGUGCCUCCGUGAUGAUGGUGUGGACACAGAUGAUCGAAGAAUUGUGGUGGGGUCGUCAGUGGUUUCUACGGUCAGAUUCCCUACUUCGUGUAACAUGUACUGCCAUGGUAGUUGUGACGGUCUAGUAUGCUUCUACUCACUCCACAGACCGAGUGUCAGCGUCGUGGUGAAUCCCGCCACUAGAUGUCAUCGAAGUUUUCCUCUUUCAAACCAUCAACAGCUUAUCAUCGACAAGUUUACUAGUACAAGAGAGAUGAUCUACCCAGCUGCUAAGCUUGGAUUCGGCAAAGACAAAGUCAGGGGCACGUACAAGCCGGUUUGGUUGUAUAAUUCAUCAGGAUUUGGCCUAGACAACGUUACCACUUGUGAAGUAUUCGAUUUUAGCUCCAAUGCUUGGAGGUACGUUGUCCCUGCUUCUCCUUUUCGGAUUCUUGCUUACCAUACACCCGUGUAUUUAGAUGAGUCACUUUAUUGGUUCACUGAGGGCGAAGAGCCCAAGGUAUUAUCUUUCCAUCUCCAUGCCGAAACUUUUCAAGUCCUUUGUAAAGCUCCCUUUGCUCAUGUACGUGACCCUCACAGCAUCACCAUGUGUAUCCUUGGUAACCGCUUGUGCGUGUCCCAGAAAAACUGGCCCACCCAAGUGAUAUGGUCGUUCGAUUCGACAUGGAAGAAAAUGUGUUCCAUAGAUCUCAUCAAAUCUUUUUCUUGGUUUGGUGUGGUAGCCGACAUUGCGCUGUCACCAAUAGCAAUUCUGGACAAGAAUAAGUUAUUGCUUCAUGGUCAUGAUCAUUUUCAUUCUUUGGUGAUACAUGAUCUCCAUACCAAAUCUUAUGAUUUACUCUUGAAACCUACCAAACGGGGAGCUGCCUUUUAUUAUUUCCAAAGUUGUUGUCGAGAUCGGAAUUUCUCUAGCGUCGUUCUACUCCCCAACUGAUGUUUAUUUGUUUCUCUCGCGUAGUAGAUGGUUCUUGUGGUGGAAAAUUGUUUGGGUUCAUGUCAAUUUGGCACUGUUAAACCAUAAAACUCGUCUGCGGCAAAUUUCGGUGAAUUAUUUCCAUAAGUAAAGGAUGAACACGAUUGAAGAAUUUUGGAAAGAAGGAUGUUUAGUUGUUCACAGUGCCUUGUCCACAUAAGCAAAACCGUUAAACCCAUGGUUAUGGAUGGUUUUGUGUUACACAGACUUCUGUCCAUAAAAUUUUAUGUUUAAACAUGAAAACGGCUAAAGCAAAUACAAGUUAUCGAUUGAAGAAUUUGGGCAAGAGUUUAGUUAUCCACAAUGCCUUGUCCACAUAAGUAAAACUUUUAAACUCAUGGUUAUGGACGGUUGUGUUA